AUGAAGAAUCUUCUGAUCCUUUCUGUUAUCCUUUGUGCUGCACUUUCAAUCAGAGCUGCAACAGUUGUUCCAGCUGAAGCUGCUGCUGCUGUGCCCCAGGAGGACAACCACAUACCAAACUCAGCUCGUUUUGGGUUUUGCCUCGACGGUUGGACAAGUCAUGGUGGCAGCUGCUACUAUUUAGGCAACGAUGCUGUUACCUGGAGAAAUGCUGAGAGCUUCUGUGCUAGCUUUGAUAGCAGUCUGGCCUCAGUCCAUAACAUCUGGGAGUAUCAUUUCCUCCAGCGUAUGGUGAAGACUGGUGGUCACACCUUCGCCUGGAUUGGAGGUUACUACUUCCAGAAUGAUUGGAGAUGGGAAGAUGGCUCACGGUUUGACUAUCACAACUGGGAAACAGCAAGCUCCACUAACCACUAUCAGUGCCUCCAGCUCAACUCUCAGGAGUCCAGAGGAUGGUCCAAUCACGGCUGUGGCAUGACCUUCCCAUUCAUCUGUCAGCACCGGUCAAACUGCUAGCUUGUCCUUUAUAAGAUUACAUAUUAUGUCAUGUUAAUACACAUCAAAGUAAAUGUUUUUCUUUUGUUUUUUGUUUUA